UGUACCUAACGUGCAGCAAUCGAGUAUCAGCCAUGAUGCCUUGGCGGAGUCUUGUUAUGCUCGGUGACAAAACGCAAGGACGUAUGACGUCGGAGGGGGCAAGGAGGGCACCUUGCACUGAUUGCGAAACCGUAAUCAGGCAAUCAGCCGUCGUCCCGCAGUACCGUGUGGAAGACGACGUCCCUGAAACCGUUGGCGAGUGUACCGGCUGUGCAUUCAUAUUGGAGGAGUACAUGGCGCGAAGAAGCAGCGUAAUACUGUCAGGUAUCGCUGUCUGAGCUGCUCUCUUGCGACAGCUGCGAGGGUUCACAGUGAGCGCAGUGCAAAUGUCUGAGAACAGAAGUCGGUCCUAGAACGUCGGAACUGGAAUUGAGUGAAUAUCCAGGAGACAUGGUGACAAUUGAGUGAUGCGACGAGGACGGGUGAGAAGACAACAGGUUAGAUGAGAGGCAUGUAUGCAUGUUACAGCAUGGGAUGCAAUGCGGUAUCACCCAAAUCAUACGAAGCACAUUGUGAUGAUGGACGCAAAGCUGGAGUGUGCUGGCGAGCUUUGAAUUCGCUUCCCCAGCACAUAGCGAAGCGGACCAAGCAAAAAGGAUGGGACACACGGCAAAAAUCCCACAAGUUUUAUCAUAAACCAAACGAGACGAUGGUCACCGACGAGGACAAUGCGACCAUAGAGCGCAUGGUGAGCGAGGGCAAGUCGGCCAUGGCCAUUCGCGCCGCCGUGCCCGACGUGUCGCGUACAAAUGUCUAUCUCAAGAUUGCAAAGUUCAAGAAGCACGGCACUGUGGGUCGUGUACAGACAAAGACGCUGGGCAGGCCGCGUGCCAUGAGUGAAGGAGUCGACAAGUUCCUGCAGGGCCUACUCGCUGCCAAACCGGACAUGGAGCUCGACGAGAUGCGCCGUCAUCUGCAGAAAGAACUACAAUUGACUGUAUCCAUGUCGACCAUCUCACGCGCUAUUGCCCGUGCCGGCAUUGCCACCGGUCAGCGACCUGUCCGUACACGCACCACAACUUCCACCUCUUCCGCCGCCCCCCGCCGUCGCGCCGUCAACAAGCUCAUCGCCCAGAAAGAGCCCGAUCUCUCUUUGACACUUCAGUCUCCCCUUCCUCUCCAUGUCACACAUGAUGCUUCAAUGGACCAUCUCACCGAGCUGCCUGCCGAUGCCCACCUUCUGGAUCCGUGGCAGGACUUGACCGUACCCGUCUCGCAACAUGCGCAUCAUCACUCUCAGCUGCAACCACACCACAUGCACGUCCUUGACCCUUCCCUUGCUUCGGCAUAUCACAACGCUGCUGUAUACCACAGUCUGUACGCAGAUCCUGAUGCUCAUGUCAUGGCAAUGAAUGCGUCCCCGCUGGACGUCUACAGAAGUCCGUAUGCUCCCAUCUGAUCAUAGGCUCUGCGGUGUUUUUGCCAUGGGUCAGCACAUUACACGAUCACGAAUUCACGAUAGUAUACGAAACCAAAGCUAUAAUACAACGUGCGUUUGUCGCUAU